UUCCGCAUUCGCAUUGCCUGAGGCACGUGAUAAUCAUAUGCCAGCCAUCCAGGCCUCCGCGCCAAGGCCGUCGUCUCAUCCGCUUCCUUAAAUUCCCUCCGCGACCACCCCGCUGCGGUUGUUUCUCCAGUCAGUGUUCACGUUCUUCUCCGGAAUAAAAUUGUCCGCUCCUUCAAAGCCCUAACACCUCUCCAAGAACUAACUUCUGGUUCUAGGUCAACUAUGGCGGGAGCUCUCAGAGAAAGAGCACUCUCUCUCAUGGCCGCCGCUAACAACCAUGGUGAUUUAACGGUCAAGAUUUCAUCUUUGAGGCAGGUGAAGGAUAUUAUACUGUCCAUCGAGCCAUCGUUCGCCGCAGAGCUCUACUCCUACUUGGUGGAGCUUCAGUCUUCCCCCGAGAGCCUACUACGUAAAUUGUUAAUUGAGGUGAUUGAAGACAUUGGACUAAGAGCCAUGGAACAUUCGCCUCUAUUAAUGUCAGUUUUAUUGGCAUCUUUAAAGGAUGAAGACCCUAUUGUAGCAAGACAAUCAAUUAUUAGUGGCCAAAAAUUAUUUUGUGGUGUUUUAAGAGAGAUGACAAUGCAGUUGCAUCGGCGAGGUAAAGUUGAGAGAUGGCUUGAAGAACUGUGGAUGAGAAUGUUGAAGUUUAAAGACGAUAUUUUGGCAAUUGCUAUAGAGCCUGGUUCUGUUGGGAAGAGGUUGCUGGCUUUGAAAUUUUUGGAAACAUAUGUUCUACUUUUUACCUCUGAUACAAAUGAUCCACAGAAACCUGUCUCAGAAGGAAAUGGGGAUAUUUUUAAUAUUUCAUGGCUAGCUGGUGGUUUUCCUAUUUUGGAUCCAGUUGGGCUCAUGUCGGAAGCUAAUAGGAUGCUUGGCAUUCUGUUAAAUUUGUUGCAGUCCAGUUCUGUUCCUGGUACAUACACAGUUACAGUUGUCAGUUGUUUAGCAGCUAUAGCAAGGAAGAGACCGGUUCAUUAUGGUAACAUUCUAUCUGCACUGCUGGAAUUUAUUCCGAGUUUUGAGAUGUUAAAAGGGCGUCAUGCUGCCAGCGUUCAGUAUUCCAUAAGAUCUGCGCUUAUGGGAUUCCUUAGGUGUAUGCAUCCAGCUUUUGUAGAGUCAAGAGACAGAUUGCUAAAGGCUUUAAGAGCUAUAAAUGCUGGAGAUGCUGCAGAUCAAGUGAUCAGGCAAGUGGACAAAAUGGUGAAGGCCGCAGAUCGAGCUUCACGUGAUGUUUGGUUGGGCAAGGAUGAUCAAUCAUCAAAUCAGCUUAAUGUAUCAGUGGAUCUAACAAGAAAAAGACCUAGGCCUCUAGAUGAUGAAGAACUUUCCAAUGGUCGUGAUGUGGUUUCCAAGCAAAUUCGCUUUGGUCCUGAUGUUCACCUAGUUUUUGCUGCUCAAAAAGAUGGUUCUCUGCAGAAUGCCAUCUCUAAUGGGACGCCCCCUGAUAUUCAUGCUUUAGAUGUUGAAUUGACUCCGGCAGAGCAAAUGAUUGCAAUGAUUGGUGCCUUACUCGCUGAAGGGGAGCGAGGUGCAGAGUCGCUUGAAAUUCUGAUUUCAAAUAUUCAUCCCGAUUUAUUGGCUGAUAUUGUCAUAACCAACAUGAAGAACUUGCCUAAAGCCUCCCCUCCUUUAACAAGGCAUGGAGACUUACCUGUAACUCGUCAAGGAAGUAGUCAUGUGCAGGUUCUGGCGUCGUCAGCCCCAUCAAGUUCUGUUCAAACUCCAGUUGCCACUGCACAAGUUCCUUUCUCUUUGGCCAUCUCAGCUGGUUCAACCUUUGCUGAUUCUACUGUGAAUAGUCUCCCUGUUGAUUCUAAACGGGAUCCAAGAAGGGAUCCCCGUCGCCUUGAUCCUCGCCGUGUUGGAGUAUCUUCUGCUUCUAGUGUGGAGGAGACAACUUCAAAUAUUCCUGAUGUUGAUGGCUCCAUAUCUUUGGUAAAACCUGCUUCAGCUCCUGUUUCUGUGACAAUUGAGAAUCCCUCAGUACCUUUAAUAUCAAAAAUGAAAGUUGAAGAAAAAACCGUAGAGAUUCCAGUUGGGUUUGGAACAGACCAAUCGACCCCCAAAUCAAAAUCUCCUGAUGGAGCUGAGAAAGUUGACACUAUAUUAGAGGUUAACGACUCUCUGGAUCCCACGCCUUCUGCUGUUGGAAAAGCGGAUGAAGAUUUAGUUGCAGUUAAUUUGUUCGAUGAGUCAGCAACAAAGAGGGAUGAUACAUCAUCCUCCACAGAGUACAGUCAGUAUUCUCCAUCAGUUACGAAUGCAGCAGUAUCUGAAGACACCUGUCAGGAAUUGCCUCUGCUUCCACCAUACGUUGACUUGACUCCAGAACAGCAAAUAACUGUAAGAAAUUUGGCUGCUGAAAAGAUAUUUGAUUCAUGCAAGAAUUUAAAUGGGGCAGAAUGCCAUCAGAUACGCUUGGCAGUAAUUGCUCGAUUGGUUGCUCAGGUUGAUGCUGAUGAUUAUAUUGUUGGAAUGUUGGAAAAACAAGUUGCUCUUGAUUACCAACAGCAAAAGGGGCAUGAGCUUGCUUUGCAUGUCUUAUAUCACCUGCAUUCACUUGAUAUUCUGGAUUCAGUUGAAAGUUCUUCUUCUGCUGUGUACGAAAAGUUUCUUCUAGUUGUGGCAAAAUCGUUGCUGGAUUCUUUUCCAGCUUCAGACAAGUCUUUUAGUAGACUUCUUGGUGAAGUUCCAGUAUUGCCUGACUCUACGUUGGAACUAUUACAUAACCUUUGCUACUCUGAUGUUACUGACAACCAUGGGAAGGAUACUCCUGAUAUUGAACGUGUCACUCAGGGCCUUGGCACUGUUUGGAAUUUGAUUGUGAAGCGUCCAUAUAGUCGGCAAGCUUGCUUAGAUAUUGCUCUCAAGCAGUGUGCUAUGCAUUCGGAAGUUAAGAUUCGAGCAACGGCUAUUAGACUGGUGGCAAACAAACUCUACCGGUUAAGUUACAUUUCAGAUAGAAUUGAGCAAUAUGCAACAAACUUGUUCCUGAAUGCGGUAGACAACUUACAGACUGAUGCAGAGCCUUCAUCAUGUGGAUCCAUUGAACAAAGAACAAGAGGAGAGGGUGAGAGCCAGGAAACAACCAUUUGUGCUUCUCAAGUUUCAGAUCCUGGAACCUCAGAAAUCGAUUCCAUGAGAAGUUCACAACCUACAGUUCAUGGCAGUUCAACCUUGUCAUCUUCAGAAGCUGAAAGACACAUUUCUCUUCUUUUUGCUCUAUGCGUGAAGAAACCUCAACUGCUUCAGCUUGUAUUUGAUGCUUACGGACGGGCUCCUAGAGCAGUGAAAGAGCAGGCCGUUCAUGAACAUAUCCCCAAUCUUAUUACGGCCCUAGGGUCAUCUGAUUCUGAAUUGCUUAGAAUAAUAUCAGAUCCACCUCAAGGAAGUGAACAUCUUUUAGCGUUGGUCCUACAGGUACUAACUCAAGGGACAACACCUUCUUCUGAUCUGAUCGCAACUGUUCAACAUUUAUAUGAAACUAAACUGAAGGACGUGACAAUUCUCAUUCCAAUGUUGUCCUCGCUUUCCAAAAAUGAGGUUUUACCUGUUUUUCCACGGCUGGUUGAUCUUCCAUUGGAGAAGUUCCAGAGGGCGUUGGCUCACAUAUUACAGGGUUCAGCAUAUACACGUCCAGCUUUAACACCUGUUGAAGUAUUGAUUGCCAUCCACAAUAUAACUCCUGAAAAGGAUGGCCUUGCAUUAAAGAAGAUAACGGAUGCUUGUUCAGCUUGUUUUGAGCAACGUACAGUUUUCACUCAGCAGGUUUUAGCAAAAGCCUUGAGCCAGAUGGUUGAACAAACUCCACUCCCUCUUCUCUUCAUGAGAACUGUAAUUCAGGCGAUCGAUGCUUUUCCGACUUUGGUUGAUUUUGUUAUGGAGAUACUUUCCAAACUUGUAAACAAACAGGUCUGGAGGAUGCCAAAAUUGUGGUUUGGUUUUCUGAAAUGUGCAUUUCAAACACAGCCUCAUUCCUUCCGAGUUCUAUUACAGUUACCACCGCCACAACUUGAGAAUGCUUUGAACAAAUAUGUUAACCUUAAAGGUCCUCUUGCUGCUUAUGCCAGCCAGCCCACCACAAAAUCUACUCUCUCUAGACCAACGCUCGCAGUUCUGGGUCUUGAAAACGAAAGACAUUUGUAGCAACCGCAUUCUGUUCACCUUGUAAAGUUUGAACAAAUAUCAUUGGUUCACAUAUCAACUCCGGAGUGGUAAAAUAGCGAGCCUCGGGAACUUGGGAAUCAACUAACCAGCUCUAUGAAGUACAAAGGCGAUUUAUCCUCCGUCCAUGGUCCCAGCCAGCUAUAUCAAUCAUCCUGUGGCUGUUUGAUUGCUUUGACUAUAAUUUAUGCUGACAAUCACUUCAAAAUCCUCGAUUAUCAGUCUGUGCUGUGGCAUGUGAACCCGGAGAUUGUGACCACAGAUUACCAUUCAAAAGAAUCCAGUUUUCUACCUCACCUAUAGCCAUCCCCACAAAAUGAGUGGGGAAGGAAAUUCUGAUUCUUGUAGGUAGGUGUACAUAUUUGCAUUAAGGAGUUCCAAGGAAUGAUACGUUUUAUCAUUUGGCCUGUCCAAUUCUUUGAAGAUUUUGACGUUUUACUAAUAUUUGUCCAGUCUAGUCGUAUUCAAAUUUGUGGUACCGGGUGCUGCUCGGUAGAGUCCCUUCACUGUACUAUAUGGCCUUUUAGACUACUAAAUUUAUUUAUUCCCACCCUCUCACUCAGUAUGAUUUCUAGCUUAUUCUU